CUCGCUACUUCCUGGAUGGAGGAAUGGAAAGCUUCCAGCACCGCUUCAACUAUUAUCUCUCUGUUUUCGCUUGAACUGCCGCAGCUUCACGCUGCACGGGCAUCUACCACCAAAUUACGCGCUGUUUUCCACAUUCUUCGACAAAUGAACUGAAUCGGAAUAGCCCUACAUCCUUUCCGUCAUGUGUAUUUCGGGGAGUACUGUACUACUGUCUUGAGAGGUUUUCUGGCAGAAAAACUGUUUCCUGGCCGCUCGAACUUCGACAGAUUUCUCUCAGCAGAAUCGGGCUCCUUUUAGCAGCAAGAAGUUUGCCUGGGCGCCACAUUUGCGCUGUAGUUUUUUGGAGAAUCUACACAAUUUGGACAAGUUUGUUUAUUUUACAGACUAUUCAGUCAACAGUUGCCUUAUUUAUUGGUUGCUCUCCAUGUGCAGAGUGACAUGCGGAGGCUACUGCAAUCGUGUUGUUGCUGGAUCUUGUCUCUGAUUUUGUCAGCCUUCGUGCUCUUCUGGGCCGACUGUCAUCCCGCGUUGGCAGCAGGUCAGCUGGGGUCCUCGCCGGGAGGGGAGCAUGGCUCUGCAGACGCCGCCGCCGCCAUCACCAGGCACAGGAGGGGGGCCGAGGAGCCAUACUGGGCCUACUCAGGGACGUACGGGCCAGACGGGGGCUGGACAGCGGCCUACCCGGAGUGCAAGGAGAAGAACCAGUCGCCUGUCAACGUGCAGGACGCCGACACCAGGGAGUCCAUGGAAUACCAAGAGCUAACCUUGGACGGCUUCGAGACCGAGUCCUCCAACAAGACCUCCAUGAAGAACACAGGGAAAACCGUGGCGGUGCUGUUGAAAGAUGACUACUACGUGAGGGGCGCUGGCCUCCCUGGCCGCUUCAAGGCCGAGAAAGUGGAGUUCCACUGGGGCCAGAGCAACGGCUCCGAGGGCUCCGAGCACAGCAUCAACGGACGACGCUUUCCAGUGGAGAUGCAGAUCUACAUGUAUAACUCAGAUGACUUCGACAGCCUUAACACAGCCAUUCGUGAGAAGCGGGUAAUCGCUGCCAUGGCGGUCUUCUUUCAGGUGGGUCUGAAGGAUAAUCCGGCAGUGGACCCCAUCAUCCAUGGCCUGAGAGGCGUGGUGCAUCACGAGAAAGAGACGUUCCUGGAGCCCUUCAUCCUGAGGGACCUGCUGCCGUCUUCGCUGGGCAGUUACUACCGCUACAUCGGCUCCCUGACCACACCACCCUGCAGCAAGGUGGUGGAGUGGAUCAUCUUCAGCCGCCCGGUCUACGUCUCUUACAAGCAGCUGGAGGCCUUCUACUCCAUCUUCACCACUGAGCAGCAGGACCAUGUGAAGUCGGUGGAGUACCUGAGGAACAACUUCCGGCCCAUCCAGAGCCUGGACGGCCGCGAGAUCUACAAGUCGGCCAUCAAGGACGCCUGGCUGCCUGACCUGACCGGCGACUAUGGCAGUCCCUUCGAGUCAGAAUCCUCUAAAGUGUGCAGCAGUGCUCCGACCAACAUGCGGGUGCAGCCCCUGAGCCGCACGGCGCUGCUGGUGAAGUGGACGCGGCCGGAGCUCAUCUACCACGCGCCCAUCAUCAGCUACCUCAUCUCCUACAGCUGGACCAAGAACGACGAGUCCUACGAGGAGACCUACGUCAAGAACAGCGACCAGCGGCUGGAGGCCAUCAUCUCCCCCGUGUCUCCAGAUGUCCUCUAUCUCUUCCGAGUGCAGGCUCUGUGCAGAAACGACUUGAGCAGCGACUUCAGCAACAGUAUACUCCUACGAGCCAACACCACCAGCCGUUUUGAAGGCACGCGGAUAGUGAAGACCGACAUGCACCCCACCAUCUCCCCGGCCCCCUCCGCCGACAUGGCCCCCAUCAGCUCGGGCUCCUCCACGUGGACCUCCUCGGGCAUCCCCUUCUCCUCCUUCGUCUCCAUGGCCACGGGCAUCGGGCCCUCCUCCAGCGGCAGCCAGGCUACCGUGGCCUCCGUGGUGACCAGCACGCUGCUGGCCGGCCUGGGCUUCAGCGGCGGCGUCCUCUCCUCCUUCCCCAGCUCCGUGUGGCCCAGCCGCGCCCCCUCCUCGGCCACCUCCGGCACCACCACCACCACCACCACCACCACCGGCGGCCCGUCAGCCACCACAGCCGCGGGUGGCCACCACCACCACAACGCGGCCAACCCCCAGUCUCCACCGCCCUCGGACGGGGCCGUGACCGCCGCGUCUCAGGACGGCGACGCCGCCAAAACCACUGAGCGGGAAGGACAUGGCGAAGACAAGGAGGACAAAGGGAACGAGGGAGAGGACGGAGAGGAUGGAGGGGAGGAGGAGGAGGACGGGGAUGAGGAAGAGGAGAAACAGAAGAAGGUGAAGGACAGGAAGAGGACGCGGAACAACGGCACGCUCACGGCCGCGGAGGACGAGCCGUCGCUGGCGGCGCCAAACUCCACGGCCAAGGAGAAAGGACCGAGAGAGAGAGGCGGCGGGAGAGAAACGGUCACGGCGCCCUCUAGUGGGCCGGAUGGCCCGGUGGACACGCAGAGCCAGAGCCCCAUGGACGGAGGCCAGGCCACGCCGACCAGCGAGCCCAGGAACGACACACGGGAGCUGGGCAUCGUGCCGGCCGAGGAGGACCCCUCCCAGACCAGCAGGCCCACGCCGGAUGAGAAGAACCUCUGGCACUUCGCCAUACACACAGAUGAGACCAACAGGCCGUUGGCGCCGGACGUGGUGGGGUCCGGCCGCAUGGAGUGGAUCAUCCCCCUGGUGGUGGUGUCGGCCCUCACCUUCAUGUGCCUGGUGCUGCUGCUGGCCGUGCUGGUCUACUGGAGGAGAUGUUUCCAGACGGCCCAUUUCUACGUGGAGGACAGCAACUCCCCCCGGGUGGUUCCCAAUGAGUGCAUCCCUGUCAUCCCCAUCCCAGACGACAUGGAAGCCAUCUCUGUCAAGCUGUUCCUGAAGCACGUCUCUGAGCUCUACGCCAACAACCAACAUGGCUUCUCAGACGACUUUGAGGAGGUACAGCGAUGCACGGCGGACAUGAAGAUCACCUCGGAACACUCGAAUCACCCCGACAACAAGCACAAGAACCGAUACAUCAACAUCGUAGCCUAUGACCACAGUCGUGUGAAGUUACGGCCACUGGCGGGGAAGGACUCCAAGCACAGUGACUACAUCAACGCCAACUACGUCGAUGGCUACAAUAAGCCCAAAGCCUACAUUGCGGCCCAGGGCCCUCUGAAGUCCACGUUUGAAGACUUCUGGAGGAUGGUGUGGGAGCAGAACACCAGCGUCAUCGUCAUGAUCACCAACCUGGUGGAGAAAGGACGGAGAAAAUGUGACCAGUACUGGCCAACGGAAAACAGUGAGGAGUAUGGGAACAUCGUGGUGACUCUGAAGAGCACCAAAGUCUACGCCUGCUACACACUCAGACGCUUCACAGUGCGGAACACAAAAGUUAAAAAGGGUCAGAAGGGCAACCCCAAGGGUCGAGGGCAGAGUGAGCGGACGGUCAUCCAGUACCACUACACCCAGUGGCCGGACAUGGGGGUGCCCGAGUACACGCUGCCCGUCCUCACCUUCGUGCGCAAGUCCUCGGCCGCCCAGACGUCCGACAUGGGGCCCAUGCUGGUACACUGCAGCGCUGGGGUUGGCCGGACCGGUACGUACAUAGUCAUUGACAGCAUGCUUCAACAGAUCAAGGACAAAGGCACAGUGAACGUCCUGGGCUUUCUAAAACACAUCCGCACCCAGCGCAACUACCUGGUCCAGACAGAGGAGCAGUACAUCUUCAUCCACGACGCCUUGAAGGAGGCCAUCUUGGGCAAGGAGAGCGAGGUACCGGGCACUCAGCUCCACAGCUACGUCAACAGCAUCCUCACCCCCGGCCCAGGAGGCAAGACGCGCCUGGAGAAGCAGUUCAAGUUGGUGACCCAGUGCAACGCUCGGUUCGUGGAGUGCUUCAGCGCGCAGAAGGAGUGCAACAAAGAGAAGAACCGCAAUUCCUCCGUGGUUCCCUCGGAGAGAGCGAGAGUGGGCCUGGCUCCACUGCCUGGGAUGAAGGGAACGGAUUACAUCAACGCCUCUUAUAUAAUGGGAUACUACAGGAGUAAUGAGUUCAUCAUUACCCAGCAUCCUUUGCCUCACACAACGAAAGACUUCUGGCGAAUGAUCUGGGACCACAACGCACAGAUCAUCGUCAUGUUGCCUGACAACCAGGGACUGGCGGAGGACGAGUUUGUGUACUGGCCGAGCAGAGAGGAGGCGAUGAACUGCGAGGCCUUCACCGUCACCCUCAUCAGCAAGGACAGACUGUGCCUCUCCAACGAGGAGCAGAUCAUCAUCCACGACUUCAUCCUGGAAGCCACGCAGGACGACUAUGUUCUGGAGGUGCGCCACUUUCAGUGCCCAAAAUGGCCGAACCCAGACGCCCCAAUCAGCAGCACCUUCGAGCUCAUCAACGUCAUCAAAGAGGAGGCCAUGACCAGAGACGGACCCACCAUAGUUCAUGAUGAGUUCGGCGCGGUGUCAGCCGGGAUGCUGUGUGCCCUCACUACCCUCUCUCAGCAGCUGGAGAAUGAGAACGCCGUGGGCGUCUAUCAGGUCGCCAAAAUGAUCAACCUCAUGAGGCCUGGUGUCUUCACAGAUAUGGACCAGUACCAGUACCUUUAUAAAGCUAUGCUCAGCCUGGUGAGCAGCAAGGAGAACGGAUCUGGAGCCAUGGCCAUGGACAGAAAUGGUGCCAUGCCAGUCACGGACGAGUCCUACCCCGCCGAGAGCAUGGAGUCUCUGGUCUGAGUCCCGUGGAGCAGAGCAGGAGGAAGAGGACGACGAUGAAGAUGAGGAAGAUGAGGAGGAUGAGGAUGAGGAGGCACGUGAAGAGGCACUUACUUUGUAAAACUUCAAGGACUAUAAAAGACAAGACUUUUUCGAGGCCUUUUUUGCCAGACUCUUGGUUAAAUGAAUAACCUGAUUACUUUUUUACACUGAUAAAAAGUUUUGAUAUUUAUUUUUUGCCAUUUUAUGUCUUAAUGUUGUUAUCCUACUGAACAUUUUGCACCUAUGUUUUCGAGUUCACAACGACAACACCCCAUCCACCCCCCCCUUCUCCCCGUAUUGCCCUGCCCUGCCACGCCCCACCCCGCCCCACACACUUUCAGUCUAGUUUGCACUAUGUAAUAUCAGUGUUACUGCCUAUAAUCGAUCAGAUCUACCACAUUUUGAUUCCAACGCCCUGAGUUUUGGCCAUUCCAUCACACAAUACUCACCGCACCCCACUCUGCCACCUGUACCGUACACUUACCAUGCGUCAGUUCACCAGAUGGAAAGCUGGAUUUGGUUCUGCAAGUCCCACCUGCAUGCCACUGCGAUCCCUGGCUCCACCACCGCACUGGCAGUCAUCGUUUGUCAAGGGAGACGGACUUCUUUAAGGGGAUCUUGUAUGCUUUUCCCAGAUUGAAUCCAGCCAUCCAUUCAGUGUGUAUGUGGAUGUGUUAUACAAAGUACAAAGUUAUAAAGAGUCUGAGGAAUAUACCGCUAUACAGAAUAUGUAAUACAUUUUAUAGCAUGUAAUUUCAAAUUUCAGACAAAUGGUUUCGCCACUGUCUGUAUAGUGCUGAAGUUGUGACAACACAAAAAUAGGCUCACCCAAUGUUGAAGUCAACCCAACGUUUCUUUCUUAUUCCUGUGGUAUAAGGAUGAUAUCUCUCCGAUUAUCGGAGCAGAGUGGAUGAGCUGACCGCUCGUAGCCUAUUUGAGAUGAAGGCUGAAAACAGCUUAGCAGUAUGAGAGAUUCUGCCUAUAGGUGGCCCAGUCCCAUUCAAACACUUUUCAAUGGGCCAGGAAAAUAAACAUAGUUUGACCCCAUAACUGAAUUUAAUCAACCAAGACAAUAAGCAUACGAGUUCUGCUUUUUAGGUGUCUGGCACUGACAAGCAAUAUGGGAAUUUGUCUUUUUUUCCCUUAUUAAUUACCCCAAUGUUGUCAUUAGAUCCUUGCUGCAUUAUAUCGGAAACUCAUAUCUUAAUUUUCUAAAGGUGGUAUUAAAACAGCUACUGUGAACUUAUUACUUUUUUUGUAUGAAUCAUAUUAUGCUUUUAAUAUAUAUGGAUAUAUUGUAAUCAUUAUAACUUGUGAUUUUGUAAAUGUUCGCUGUCAUGAUUGGACCCCUCACUAGUUUCCUGCUAGACUUGGUCUGAUGUUCUGCCACUCCUCUAUCUGCGACAGUGCUGAGUUCACGCCCAUCUCACUUGCACCCCCCCACUGGUCUGUCUUCUCUCUCUCUCUCUCUCUCUCUCUCUCUCUCUCUCUCUCUCUCUCUCUCUCUCUCUCUCUCUCUCUCUCUCUCUCUUUCUCUCUCUCUCUUUCUCUCUCUUUUGCUUCAUGCUGCAAGCUGCUAUACGGGGUACAAAAACAAUAUAGUGUCUGAGUUGAACUGAAUUACAAAGUGACUGUGUCCUGUAAAGCAUAACUUAUACUCUGAGAUAUUUGAUCUUUGUGAUUAAUGCCCCACUGUACCCUCUUUUUUUGUUUUAAGUUGGUUUAUUUGAACCUGUCCAUUUAUGACUAACAUUAUCUUAUAAGAAGAAUGCCAUCAUGGACCUCUUUCUGUCAUCAUGAGAGCUGCUGUGGGUUUGAUCCAGCCUCUCAAUGCCUUUCUCUAUACGGUCAUCAGCCACUAGUCCUACCCUCUCCAUCGCACCAACCUGCCCCCAUUGCUUGACUGUGCUGGUGUGUGAAACUAUUCAAUGUGUAAUGUAUGGUGUAGUUUGCCAAAUUCACUAAAGUCCCGCAUGGGGAUUUUCUUUUUUCUAUCAUAAUAUAUUAAAUGACAAAAUGAUGAAUGUGGUUUACACAUUGUUUCGCUAGAUCCUUUUGAAGACUAGCCGCUUAAAUACUCUUCAAUCCCCUCUCUCUCUCUCUUUCAAAGAUUGGCCACAAAAGCAAUCAAAAUCAGUUACUUGUUGCACCCAGAAUUAUAUUGUUUUUUUUCUAUUAUUAUUGUUAUUUACAAGCAGAUACACUUCAGCACAAUGUCCUUGAUAUCUGAAGCAUCUUCAGCUGUCUCGCCACACGAAUGGGGAUAAUGACUUUAGAAAGUUUUACCAAAGACUUAAACUCAUUAUUUAGCAUUUUACAGUGUCUUUCUGAGAGUACAUGGUGAUAAAAGAAUGAACUGCUCCUCAGAGUUGAUGGCAAAGGGGAUCUUUUUAUCAUUAUUAUUAUUAUUAUUAUUAUUAGAUAUGUUUAGUGAACGCUCUUUUUGGAUUUGAUGCCAUACUGAGUCCGUGCUUGUGCAUUCAUGGUAAUCUCUUCACGGUCAUGUUGUCUGAAGUUCAUUUUAAAGAGAACUACUUCCUGUCAGGAUUGAGUACUUGAUGAAGUAUUUGAUUUUCAUUUAUUAUUAUUAAUUGAUUCAUCGUAGGAAUGAAGAAGGAAGGCAUUCAAUGUGUCCCACUGUUACGAUCUCAUGAUGUUUGUAUGAAUAUUGUUUUAUGUCCUAUGUCUCCCUCACCAGGAGGCUGUUGAAUUAAGUCACAACUCUCCAACAUUUGGGGUUAAUGACACACUCAUUCCUUUUGUCACAAAACUCCUACAACUGUAGGAAGCACUAUUCUUUUUUUUCUUUUUUCCCCCUCCAUGCUGUCCCGUCCUGUGCAGUUUAUGGCUUCUGUUGUGGCAUUACUGCUCUCGCCAUGCUAUUGACAUUAAGUGUAACCACCGCUUUCUGUGUGUACAUAGUUUGUUGCUUCUAUAACCAACCGUUCUCACUAAAAACAACAAAAACUUUGUAUCUAUGGUAUAUAAUCAUAGAAUUUUAUAUUUUCAUAUGAAGCUACUUUGUUUUCUAAGUCCAAGUCCCCCCCCUAUUUUUUGUUGUGGUGAACAUGUGGAAACCAAGUCAGUCUCCAUGCAUUGAGCUAUCGGCAUCACAUUCCACACCCAAGUCAGCAUCUCUCAUUCAUUUACUAAGGCAGUGAUUGUGAUACUUUGUUUUUGCCCUUUCUCUCCUUUCUUUCUGUUAAAAUGUCACACUUCUGUUACUCAAGUGUGCAAUACAAUAGCUCCUGUAAGUCGCUGAUUAAGUUUGUCCCAUUCACCAAUGGUAGAAGAGUCAAGUGUUGCCUCUUCUUUUGUAAUCUCGACACAAAACAAAGGAAACUGAUUUUUUUUUUUUUGCUCUUAUUUUAGUUUUGUGCUUUGUUUUGUUCUUUUUCUGUUCUUUUGUUUUCCUUUAAAGCUAUAUCAAAGCAUUCUAUUAUAGUGUUAUUUAAUAUGUAAAUUGUAUUGCUAUACAUAAAAUAAAA